CUGGCUGCUAGUCAGUGUUUGUGUUGGUUAGCCUAGCCUGCUAGUGCUGCAGGAGGAGAGGGCGAAACUGCGCGUUUCAUUUUGACCAAAAAUGACUUUUUCUGAGCUUUUCCUCUGGACCUGCUGCUGAGCUCAACACCUUGUUUUAUUUUGCUCGAGACAUUACAGCCAAAACAUGACAGACUGUGGAAACGAUUGUCCUCACCUGGACUCCAUAGGUGAAGUGACCAAGGAAGAACUUCUACAAAAAUCCAAGGGCACUUGUCAAUCGUGUGGUGUAGGUGGUCCCAACCUCUGGGCAUGUCUUCAGUGUGACUGUCCCUAUGUGGGCUGCGGAGAGUCGUACUCUGACCACAGCACCACACAUGCACAGGCAAAGAAACACAAUCUGACAGUGAAUCUGACCACGUUCAGGGUGUGGUGUUACGUCUGUGAGAGAGAAGUGUUUCUGGAACAAAGGCCUGUUAGUCCAGUGGCAGCAACACAGCGCUAUAAACCUCUCGAACAGGAUUCUCCUCCACAGAAUGCAUGUCACCCAUUAAAGGCAGUACCGAUUGCUGUAGCAGAUGAUGAAGGCUCAGAGUCCGAAGAAGAUGAGUUUAAACCUAGAGGCCUCACAGGGAUGAAGAACAUUGGAAAUUCAUGUUACAUGAACGCAGCAUUGCAGGCCCUCUCUAACUGUCCUCCGCUGACUCAGUUUUUCCUGGACUGCAGCGGGCUCGUUCGUACAGAUAAGAAACCGGCACUUUGCAAAAGCUAUCAGAAGCUCAUCUCUGAGCUCUGGCAUAAAAAACGACCCAGUUAUGUGGUUCCUACUAGUCUGUUUCAUGGCAUCAAGCUGGUGAAUCCUAUGUUUCGAGGUUAUGCCCAACAGGACACUCAGGAGUUCCUACGUUGUCUGAUGGAUCAGCUGCAUGAGGAACUGAAGGAGCCUUUCAUUGACUGCAGCAACUCCGUCACUGAUAAUGACUCGGAGAGCAACCACGGCAAUCAAAACCACGCCGAUGGAGACCGCAGCCCCUCUGAGGACGACUUCCUGUCAUGUGACUCUGGGUCCGGGAGUGAGAGAGGCGAUGGAGAUAGACCAGGAGGUGAGACCGAGCUUCUUAUUCAGGAUGAGUGCACAGGAGUGAGGGAGAGCAAUGGAAUCUCUGAGAAAGAGAAGCUGAAAGAGAGGCGGAGGGAGGACAAAGGAGAGGAGAGAACUCCGGAGAUGGAUGAGGACGCUGAUGUGGACACGGCAGCACAGGAGGAGCAGAACGAAAGAGCUGGAGAGCAGAUUGAGAACGGCAGAGCUCAGGGAAGUACAGAACCAGACAAUGAGGUGUCCAUGCAUCGCCCAUCCUCUCGUCCCUGUAGCCCCACUCACAGCGUGCAGGAAUUUCAUUCUAAACUGUCCAGCAGCCCACCCAGGUCCAGCCCUCUACGGGCAAGCCCCGCCUAUGCUUUCAAGAAAGCUCAGAUGCUCCUGAGCACCAAAAAAAAGAAACAGCCCCGGUUCCGCAGUGUCAUUUCUGACAUCUUUGAUGGCUCCAUUCUGAGCCUGGUCCAGUGUUUGACAUGUGACCGGGUGUCAACAACAGUGGAGACAUUUCAGGAUUUGUCUCUGCCAAUUCCGGGUAAAGAAGACCUCGCUAAACUCCACUCCUCCAUCCACCAGAGCUCUCCGGCCAAGAUGGGUGUGUGCACAGACACCUACGCUGCCCAGGGCUGGCUCGCCUACAUCAUGGACUCUAUACGCAGGUUUGUAGUGUCCUGUAUCCCCAGCUGGUUUUGGGGUCCCAUGGUGACACUGGAGGACUGCCUCGCUGCCUUCUUUGCUGCAGAUGAACUGAAAGGAGAUAACAUGUACAGCUGUGAGCGAUGUAAAAAGUUACGAAAUGGUGUGAAAUACUGUAAAGUCCUACAACUUCCAGAGAUUUUGUGCAUUCACUUGAAGCGUUUCCGACAUGAAGUGAUGUACUCCUUUAAGAUCAGCAGCCACGUGUCUUUCCCAUUGGAGGGUUUGGACCUGCAGCCCUUCUUGGCCAAAGACAGCCCUUCUCAGAUUACUACUUAUGAUCUGCUUUCUGUCAUCUGCCACCAUGGCACAGCCGGAAGUGGCCACUACAUUGCGUAUUGUCAGAAUGUUAUCAAUGGCCAGUGGUACGAGUUUGAUGAUCAGUAUGUAACAGAGGUCCAUGAGACGGUUGUGCAGAAUGCAGAGGCGUAUGUUCUCUUUUACAGGAAGAGCAGUGAGGAAUCUGUAAGAGAACGGCAGAAAGUCAUAGCUCUGGCUAAUCUAAAGGAGCCCAGCCUUUUACAAUUCUAUAUUUCUAGAGAAUGGCUUAACAAGUUCAACACAUUUACUGAACCAGGACCCAUCACUAAUCAUACCUUCCUCUGUCAGCAUGGAGGAAUUCCUCCUACCAAAUAUCAUUAUGUGGACGAUCUGGUGGUGAUCCUGCCUCAAAAUGUGUGGGACUACCUUUACAACAGGUUUGGAGGAGGUCCAGCUGUAAAUCACUUGUAUGUGUGCACUAUCUGCCAAGUGGAGAUCGAGGCAUUAGCCAAACGCAGGAAAACUGAGAUUGACACAUUUAUCAAGCUCAAUAAAGAGUUCCAGGCCGAAGAGGCUCCAACAGUUAUUCUGUGCAUCAGCAUGCAGUGGUUCAGGGAGUGGGAGAACUUUGUCAAGGGUAAAGACAACGAGCCUCCAGGCCCGAUUGACAACAGUAAGAUUGCAGUGAUGAAGGGGGGACAUGCACAGUUAAAGCAUGGGGCUGACUAUGGGCAAAUCUCAGAGGAGACAUGGCAGUACUUGUUGGGAAUUUAUGGUGGCGGACCGGAAAUUGCAGUGAGGCAGAGCAUCAAUUCUCCUGAAUUAGACACGCAUGGAGAAAGAAAGAUCGAAGCAGAAACUAGAGCACUUUGAGCGAGUGGCAUCCUGAAAGUGGCCGAACUUUAUUUGCACCAUGUUUACGCCUGCUUUCCUGUAAGCACUUUGUAAGCGCACCUAAUGCCGUGGUCUGUUACCUCUAUAGGACUUCGAUGUCUAGUACACACAGGGUUGGUAUACUAGAAGGUCUGCAUUUUUGGAGAAAAAUGAGUACGGUACAAUGAUUGACACAUUUCAUGCAGCCGGUGGACUGAGUCCCAUUUCCCUUCCCACAGUCACAUUUAAGCUUCCAGAAUUUAGCUUAUACAGGUUCUCUUACUGGAAAACAAUGCACUUUGUGAAGUGAGAAUAAUGUUCUAGGUUGUAAAUGUGUAUAAAGUUAUAACUGGGAUAGUAUACCAGGAUGAAGGUUACUGUAGCUUACUGUAAGUCUACACUCCCUCUUGCUCCUGCGCUUUCUCCCUCUCACAUUCACAUAUACACAGAUAUGAUAAAAAAAGAAUUUCUUUUGUCUUCCACUAAUGAGACGUGACCUCUCCUUUACAGCUGUCCUUCUUCCUAUGAUCCAAGCAGACUAAACCACCAUAAACUCUUAAACUUUGGUCAGUCCUCUACAUGGUCCUUUGAUGGUUGUUUAUGUUGAUAUUGAUGGCAUAUCUGGCUAGUAACCUACUUUUAGAGUCAUUGGCAAACUGUUAAGCACCUGCAUUCGAACCACUUUUUACUUCUAUUUAAUAUGAUCAAAACACUUCUAACUCAUUUAACUCUUAACGCUAUCAAUUUGCCACAGCCACAAUUUGGCGUUUUUUAAGUUUGAUCGUGGGUCUUCAAUUUUAAUGAAAGUUAAAAGAAAACAAUUGAGAGUUACUGCACAGAACAUAAGGUCUUGUGAGAUAUCUGUUACGGUUAAAGUAUUAGACAAAACUGGAUUUGGAAGUCCUCUACUGUGUCAAAUGUGAGUAAUGAGUAAUGUCUUUAUGUACACUACGUAUAAAAAGAAUAAAUUAAUUUAUAAUUAUGAUUAUGUAUAAAUGAAAAGAGAGAUUUAUGAAAAAAAUUACAAAAAUCAGUCCUGUUCUUUUUAUUUAUUUAUGUUUUUUUUUGCUCCUUUGCCUUCAAUUGCCUAUGGUAGACUGUGGACAGUUGUAACUUUUUUUUUUUUUUUUUUUUUUUACUUGUGUUUUUGAUCAGUUAGUAAAUUCAGGGCUUGUGCAAUGAAGUCAGACUGAGGAGCUUUGACAGGGAAGUAUUUCAAUGUCAUGCUAAAGUUCAGAUGAUUUCACUAGGAGAGAUGGUCGCUAUAAUGUACAGCAUGUUGUGCUUAAAAGUGUCAAUAGCAACAAGUGACGGUGGCUGAAAAAAUCCCCUUCUUUACAAUUGUAUCAUCUUAAUUGUACUGUUGGUCUCAUCUGUAUUUAAAACAUUGCAUAUUUAAAUAUAAAAUUUUAUUUCAGGUUUAAAUUAUGAUGUACAUUUCGUUCUUAGUUAAAUGGUCAGUCAAUUGUUUCAUUAAGCACAAUCAUAGACAGCUUGAUAAUCUGAUUGAUAAAAGAAUUGAGAACAAAGAAGGACUGUCAUGCUGAUUAUGCGAAUUGCAACUAUUUAAAUUGCCAAGUUACGUGCUUGUGUAAUGGCUUUUUCGACUCUGAGCCUGUAGGUGUCACUGACAAGGGAACCUAAUAAAGCCUGUUUUUUCAUCA